UUGCACAAUUGGUGACUGACUAAAUACUUUUUUGCCCCACUGUAGUUAAAUUAGGUUUUCUUGUAACAAAUUGUCAAGGCCUUUUAAUUUUGCUGUUUAUAUUUCAGCACUGACAGCCGCUUGGUUCAGUUUAAGAUGUGACAAACGAUGAGGUGGGAGUGACCACUCUGAUUCACUCGUGCUUUGACCCAGUGUUUCAGGAGCAAAGAUUUCCAAGGCCACCUUGUACCUGACUGAGCCACUAGCUUUGACAAAUAUGCAGUAAUUAAUGCUGGCGGGAUGGGAACAGGCUGUACUGACAUCAUAAAACUCUAAUUAGCCUACUGCAAAUACAGCCCUUCCGUAUACUACACCAGUGGUUCUAAAGCUGUAGUGUGGAGGCAAGGCAGGUAGAGUACAGACAAGCAGGGAAAAAAUAUGAAUAUGAAAGUCGAGUGAAUACGAGGUUGUUGAUGCUGGAGACUUUUUUUCUUUUUGGUUAAUGAUGGUUAAAAGUUGUGGUUUGUAAACGUUUGGCUUUUGAACUGGGACAUGCCAGAAAAUCCUCAAAAUCCUGUACUACUGCAUUCAUGUUUCAUCUAUUAUUAUUAAGUAAUCACACCAGUCCCCAGUGUCUCUUUAAUGACUUCCUUUUAUAAAACUGUUCCUGGCUUUCUGUCUCUGUUGCAGGGAGAUAAAAUUAAUAAAGAGUGAUUUAUUUUGAGGAGUCUACAAAUGACUGGUUACCUAUUCUAAAAACGCCCUCCUCACUGAUUCACAUGUGUUGAGUCGGUAAAUAUGCACAAGUAGAUUAAAAAGUAAGGCUAACACCGUAUCGAACAGCCGAUCAGCAAAUGAGGGGCGGCGUCUUUGCUAGUGACAAAGUAUACUCAACAUUUCCGGCACUAGAAAAGGAGCCUUACAGUUAACACUUUCUAGGGAAACUUAAUGAUGACGAAGACUGCUUGUUAUAUGUGUGGAUUUCAUGCAUGUUUCUGAAUGUAUAAGUGCGCAUGUAGUUCUGUUAGGUGUCAUCAGUUGCUAUGAGCUCGCCCCCGUUGACAACCCUGUCGCCCACGUCUCCAUAACUAGAUUUACAGCUACAGUGACCUACUUAUUGUAGAACCUGGUCCAACUUUGGAAAAGCAAGCGUUUGUGGGCACUGCUAGCCAAAAGUAAAUAGUGAGAUGCACAACCGUGUCUUUACCUGCUGCAUGCAAAACAUAAUCCAUCUUUUUCAUUGAAUUACUGUUUAAAAGCUUUCUUCUCUCACGCUGAGGCUUGUAUCAUACCCUUGUCUUAAGGCAUAAGGAUCAGGUGUGUUUAGAUUCAGUUAUCUGAACAUUAAACUGCUGAAAAUAUGAUAUGUAAGUGAAGUGUCAUGUGAGUGCAGACAUUUCACUUUUCGCUGCCAGCACAUUUUAAAGAGCCCCUUACUCUGCCUGUGAGGCCCUGGUGUUUGUUGCUGCCCUUUGGCAUAUUAAGUUUCAGAUGUGCAAACCUCAUGGCCGUUCAUGGCUGCUAGUGGAAAUUUCCACUUCUCUUCAUACAGCAUCUUGUGUAUUAUAAUGCUGAGGGCUGAUAACAAGAAACUGUACAACAGAUUUAAAAGUUUAGGCGUUGUUUUAAAAGCAAUUUGGUGUUUAUUUAUAUAGGUAACGUUUUUUUAAAUUUGUUAAGCUUUUAACUACUUUUUCCUCUUUGGAAGCCAGUAGCAGUAAAACUCACCAGCUGCUGGACAAAAGAAAGUAGAAACAUAGAGGGAUCAUGUGGUACUUGUUCAAAAAGGUUCAGCUUCUAUUGAUCAGAAGUUCAAGGCAGGAUUGUGGGUGGUGGAGGUGGGGUGUGUCCUUUACGUUUAAGGUUUACAAACUGUGAGUUAUAUCAUUAAUAAGUUGCACAAUGCUCAUCAGGAGGUGUGGUAAUGAGCGAAUGGAAAGGGAAGGUUCCUAUCCUGGGUUGUUCAUUGAAAAUAUUAGGUCUGUAUCCAAGGGUGACCCUUUUUAACGUUCUUAUAAGGACUUUAUUCUGUACUGGCUACAUUGUCAUCUGGUUUGUUUUAGUGGGUUUAACGUACGUGUAGAUUUUUCUAUCAGGCUGACCUAUCAGACUCAAGUAGAUGUGAAUGUUUUACAGUGUGAAACAACUGCAUAACAUUGUUUUGCUUUCAGUCUGUUGCACAGAUAAAUCAUGAGUCACUGGCUUACUGGAAAAGUUUCUUCAUGGGCUGCAGUCAGUUAAAAAAAAUCCCAAAAAAGUUAUGAAAUAGUUUAAAAGUUGAAACUGCCUGCCAGCAGAGAUGAAAAAGUGCAGUCUGAGACAUUGUCUUUGCUCCUCUCUUAGUUAGGAAGUUGAUGUUAUCCCCAGGAGAAGCACAGUGUUCCGACAAAUGGGAAGCAACAGCUCUCCCAUUAUUUUUUCCGGCUUGUUUUUGUCUCGGGUCUAAGGAGAGCUGUUGCUUCAAAUUAAACGGAGUUGAAAGUUUGUGAUCAAAUCAGAAUCAGGCUCAGUUGUAGGUAGGAACAAAACAAACACAGACUACAAAUGUACACAAAUAUCUGAAGUUUCAUUGAUUUUUUUUUUUCACGUGUCCUUAUGAUGAUUUGCUUUUGUAGAAAAUUGAUUGGAAACUUCCCAGUAAGUUAGGCAACACAUGUUUAUCUUCAUUAUAUAAAACUGUGGAAACAAUCUGAGUUAAGUUUUUCAGUUUUCUCUGGUUAGGGAAAUGUUCUGCACGUGCUGGCUGGCUUUAUCAGUGCUCGCUUUAUAAUUUUACUAUGUUUGUAUAACCAUAACAAAACAAACAAACCAUGGACUCGAUUGUAGUUACAUUUAUUGGGAGGUGCACACCAGGUUACGUAGAAGGUUGCGGCGUAGGGUUAGGUGGGGUUGCACUUAUGGUGUAAGUUACGACGUAGAUCUGACGCACAAGUUUAAUUUGCGUGUAAUUGUUCCUCUUGUCACGUAUUACAUGGUUGUUGUUUUUACAGUCUGCUGCUGACAUUCGUGAUGUUAUGUGCCCUGUGUAUUGUGUUUAAGUACAUCCUGCUGACACAAAAACAACAAAUUCUGCAGAUACACCCCGAUAAUGUUGUUGUUUUGUUUGUUUUUUUAAUCCCAUGAUUCGGCAGACAAAAUGUAUCCUUUGUGUCCUUUAGUCAUCGUGCUGCGGCACUGUACUUUGGGCAUUGUGCAGUCAGUUACGCUAAAAUAGUCGUGUACGUAACCGCUUGACGAUAGCGAUGCGUGAUUCUGCUACAUGUGACACGCGUCACAAGCUUACGUGUGUUCAGCAUUAACGCAAAAUACUGGACAUUUCAGUGUUCAGUUGUGAACAUUUUAUGAGGAAUUCCUUUGCUUGUCAUGCCUCUUCCUGUGUGUAUUCAUCCCCAAGAUGUGACAUUAAACUGAAGAAUUGUGGUUGGUCGUGUGGAUCAUGCAACUUCUUGAAAUAAACUCUGUGCAAGAAUAUGCUGUUAUCAUUAGGAAACCCACAUAUAGGAGCUCAGUGUGGAGUAACUCUUUCUAGUCCCAUCGCACAUGAAUCUGGACAAUAAAAUAUCAGAGGUCAGACAAAAGGUGAACAUCAAAAGUCAUGUUUUCCUCAUUUGUACUUUGCACGAAUUCCUUUCUAUUUUACUCUUGAUGAAAAUAGAAUAAUUACUUUUGCUUUGUUUUUCUUCAAUCGUGUCUCACAAAGCCAUGCACAAGGAAUGUGAAGAUUUUCCCACUCAUCUUCAUUUCCAAUGCAACUGCAGUGUGCAUAGCCUUGUUGCUGGUUACAUAAUAGGGUGAGGCCGUGUAAAAAUGUCUGAGGGAGACAGGCAGGUGGUGAAAGAAAGGGAGGAAUGAGGAGAGCAGAUACAUUUAAUACAAAAAGAAUAAUUUAUAUCACCCAGUUCACACUGGCUCCUUUUCUAAUACUCUCCUGUGUUUGACAACGUGAUGCCGCUCCCCCUCACGCGCACACACACACACACACACACAAACAAAAUUGGAGGUAUGUAAGUUGUUGACUGCAAGGGGGUUAUAUUUCAAGAUCUUGAUGUACCCACGACCCUGUCAGUCAGCGAAUCUUGAUACUGAAGGGAUGCUGCACAGAGUGAAAGACACAGCCUCAUGGUUUAGGGCAAAAGACUUCUUAAACCUAUCUUUCAGUGUGAUCGUAUUAGCCGUGACCAGCAUACCUAAAUGACACAUCCCAGUAACCAGAUCCCUGACCUACGUGUCUCUCAUAUAGCAAGCAAUAAAACCAUAUCUGUGCUGGAUUUCAGAGAAACAGAGUUAAAGUUCAGCGCUUGGGUCACAUGUCAGUUUAUGUGCUUUUGUUUACUUUGCGAUAUUUAAGAACUGUGGAAAUAAUUGUUUUUAGUCUCAUUAUUGUAUUUAAACUGUUCCCCAUUGACAAAAUGCCACUCUUUAUGAAUGACAUUUAAAAACUUAAUAAUAAAAAAUAAUACUAGACGUAUAAAAAUAUAUAAUACGACUAAAUACUAGUUUUCCAAACUGUAGUGUUUUAGUUUUAUUCCAAUUUUCCAGCGUCUGUUUUUCCAGAUUGUGCUGAAGACCUCUGUCCUAAUUAUCUACUAUGAGGAACAGGUUUGUCAGUGUGUCGCACUCAGAUUUCUCCAGAGGUGUUUGCGCAGCAUGUUUCUGUGGUUAGUUAAGCUCGGGUAUGAUGCUGCGGCUGUGUUGGUUGGACAAUGUUGACCAAUAUUGGCCUGAUAUGUCAGACAGAAGCUUUUUUUUUUUUUCUUUGAACUUGAAUGCAGAUAAAGGAACUGUGUCUUACAAUAGUUACAGUAGUUUGUCCACUUUGGCUCCUUUGUUUACAAGAGUCUCACAAAUAACAGAGCAUGCGUCACAAUGCGGUUUGGAGUUGAGCCGUGUCUCCAACCUUCCAUCUCUACAGUUUGUAAGUCGGAAUUGGCCCCAAAGCUUCAGUUUCGGCUCAGCUCUUGUUAAUACAGAGAAGCCAAAAGAGUCGGAGAGCAGAGAGGGGCUCGAGUUUGGCAGGGAGCCUUUAUGAACAGGGCGCAGAUAUGAUCCAAACAAGUCAACAGAUGCACUCAGUGAAAAGGCUCUCAAGGACACAGCAUGGCACUUUGUAAAGGCCUGUGUUACAGAUAGAUGCACACUUUUCUGCUCUUCAGCAUGAAAGCACCAAUAGGUUUUGGAGGUGUUUCUGGAGGUGCUUCUCACAUUGUGUCAAAGGCUAUCCAUGAGCUCCGAUUUCCCACACUACAGUUUCAGGAUGCCAAAUAUAGGGUUCCAGAACCUUCCCCUUAACAUCUACAUUGUGGUGUUUGGGACAGCCAUCUUUGUCUUCAUCCUCAGCCUCCUCUUCUGCUGCUACUUAAUAAGGUUACGGCACCAGGCGCACAAAGAGCUAUAUGCUUACAAACAAGUCAUUCAGAAGGAAAAAGUCAAAGAGCUAAAUUUGCAUGAGAUUUGUGCAGUGUGCUUGGAGGAGUUCAAACAGAAAGAUGAGCUGGGGAUUUGUCCAUGCAAACACGCCUUUCAUAGGAAGUGCCUCAUUAAGUGGCUGGAGGUGAGGAAAGUGUGCCCGCUGUGCAACAUGCCCGUCUUGCAGCUCGCCCAGCAGGCCGGCAGCACAGACCCUCCUGUGCAGAUAGAGCAGCCUUUGCCUGGUAUUGAGAACUUGGUGUAGCAGACUGACGGCCUCCUUCACAGUACACUACAAACACACGCAUCCCGACACUCAUGCUCUUACCUGUACAGGUACACUUUUGGUAUGAGUGCGUGGACAGACUGGAGAAACUGGAGCUAAUGCUCAGAUCUACGCAAAAGCUGCGAAUCUGCCGCCAUCGCCACCUCUCGUAUCUUUUUGCAUCGGUUCACAAAAGGAUUUCCUGACAUCGGCUCUGAGAGUCAUCUGUUUUCAUGCAUUUUUAUUUUCACGGACAAUGAAGAAGAGCUGAUAACGAAGGAGUUUUCGUUUUCGACCGAGACGGUCGAUAACUUUUUCACAACCAAAGCACUUUUCUGGGGACACCAGCGAAAGACCAGGAGGAAGAAGGAAAAGACAAAAGAACUACAGUACACUAAAAUCUCAAUAGUUUUUCUUUUAUUUAACAAGCACUUUAUGAGAAAGGCAAACCUGAAUUUGCAUGUGGCUCGUAGUCCCAAGGUCAAUAUAUUUUAUCAUUAACGCUCAUUUCCAUGUACAGUACAAAUAAACCAGGGUUAGGUCAUUUUGGAUUUUUUUUUUUGUUAACAAACAAAAUGUACAUACACGUCAGAAAGGGAAAAUUUGGUAAGUUUGUUUAGUUUGUGCUGCACACACACAAGAAACCGAAGUCAAAGUAUCCUCGACUUUAUGUCUGACUGAAUGUGAAAGGUUUUUACACGCACACAAUUCAGAUGAAACAUGAAGAAUUUGUUCCCACAUCAUUACUCAUUCAUAAUGUUACAGUUCUCCUUUUUUGUAAGGAUUCAAACACAUAAAGAUGAUGCAGUGAACAAAUUAUAGCAUCAGCCAUGUGUGGAUACUGUCAGCCCUCCACAAUCCAGGCAUUACUCACAGUUGGGAUCAGUCACAGGAAAUCAACAUUUCACAGUGCCCACUGUUUUAACCUCAAAUUGUGUUGGUGUGUAUGCACUGAUGCUUAAUCUUUAAACCGUUAAACAGACCCAACGGAAGUAAUCAAGCACUCAGACGUUUCCCAACUAACACAGAUGUUGCGCUUUGCUUCGCAGCGUUUUUAUUUCAUUGAAGCCGAGCUGCGCGUGUGCCACAGAGACUCGUCUUCGCAAACAUUUCACAGAAACAAAGUGUCAUACGGUCGAGUCGGCGUCACUCGAAAUAUCACCGCACGUCCCUCUGAAUCUGAAUCUGAAUGACUUCUGAGUUUAAGCACGCUGCUUUUACCGCUGAAUUUGUUUUUGCUUCCGCUCUAGUAUUUAUGCUUUUUUAAAAUAGAUAUAUAUAUAUAUAUAUUUAUUGUGAUAUCUCGGUACAGCUUCAUAGAGAGAACAAGUUAGUGGACUCAGCAUAGCUUUCAGGCAACAUUUCCACACAUACAUUGGGAGGGGCUCAAGCCGCGAACCCCCCUCUGGCCCCCACCCACAGAGGUAGCAGUCAGCAGGUUGUAAUGAAGCAGCAGUUUCAUUCACACACGCGCACACAGGUUCAGCUUUUUGGCCGUGGUAUUCUGGCGCUUUCGCCCCUCGCCUCUCUCUGUAUAGUACAGGGUGCUUUUGUUUCGUGCCACACAUACAUUAACCCUGAACCCCUGACCUUUGUGUUUUUGUUUUUGUCUCCUGUUAAUAUGUUGUUGGGCUAAAAGAAAAAAGCUUCAUCACUCUGAGAUGAAUUAGAGAUUGUCAUUUUAUCAAUGAUGUGUGAUAUCCAGUAACAGCUGUGUGUUACCUUUUUUAGAAGCACAAACAACAGCAACAAAAAAUGAGCCCCCACUACAAAAAGUGAGCUUUCUGUCAGGGCUAACAUGCUAACUGAUUGUUCUGUUUUCUGGCUGCUUUCUUUCUCAAUUAUUACACAAAGGUUGAGGUUCACAAUACGUGGACGAUGCUUCUUCCAUUGUUACUUUGAUCUGAAUGUCAGGCCACACACACCGCAGUGUUGACCUCUGUGGACAUUAAAUAAGAACAAAAACAGGGUUAUUUUUCUAUCUUGUGUGACGGUCACUCCUCCUGCAUGGAAGCAGCACGGUGCUACAUAAAAAUGUUAAGGCUGAUUGAAACAUAUUGGCCAAUCCCAAACAGACUUAUUAGGACACUAGGUGAGCAGGGCGUGUAUCAGACAACAUCUCCACUUCAAAAGAGUUUUAUGUUGAACAAAUGAAGCAGCAUCAAAUCCUGCAGCAUGUGACGGGCAGAAUUUGUUGCCUUCUCUCUUCUCGGUUUCGGUUACAAAAAGGCUGUGACUGUUUUUCUGCACUUCUAUUAGAGCUGGGCGAUAUGAGAUUUUUUCAUAUCACGAUAUGGUUUUUUCAUUUCAGGCGAUAACGAUAUGUUUCACGAUAUAAGCCAAAUAACUAUA